AUGGCCAAGGCCUUGGCCAAAGCCAAGGCCAAGGCCAAGGCCAAGGCGAAGGCGGCCAAAGCCAAGGCCAAGGCAUUGGCCUUGGCCAAAGCAAAGGCAGAGGAAGAGCAGAAUGUCCAGGAAGAACAGGCCGAAGAGGAGCACCCUCGCUCGCACGAUGCUUGCAUCGACCCGGCUACUCUGCAGGUCGCCUCGACAGAAGAUGCUGGCGAGAAGACCAAGAACAGGAGUAAGAACCAAAAGUUUCUCAAGCUUCUCCGUUCCGGUGGCUUGCCGGAAUGGCUCGAGGAUGAGUGGAACCGGUUGUCAAAGAUGAAGGUGGGGCGACUCGAGGCGCAGCGCCAGCUGGUCAACCAAGCCAUGGACAAGGAUGCAUCCUCCGGAAAACUCGUGGUCUCUCUGGAGAAACCAUUCUUCAAGCAGCUACAGGAGAACUUUACCCAGACUGCCAGCAAGUCCGCCCAGAAGGCACUUCCGAGGGUGCUCCUCAUGGGAAAGUUCAACCUUACCCAGGAGAUGUUGGACCAAGCUAUUGAGGACGGCGAUAUCAUAGAGAGCACGAACAUCAAGGGCAAGAGGGUUUACUCCUGGACCAUGGAAGAGCACGUGGUGAAGAGAGGCAAGCACAGCAAGUUCAGUGAGGAGAAAAGCAAGCAAGGAACAAGCCGAGACGAGAAGUACAUGGACAAUCUCGUGAAAAACCGAAGGUCCCUCUGGUACCUUUUCCCUUGA